AUGAUUCAAAAGGACGAUCCCGAUUUCCGUCCCAGUACAGAAGAUGACGACGAUUCAAGUGAAUCGUAUAGUGGAAAUGAAGCUUGGAAUCCACCAGAUACAUCAAGAAGAAUGUCAACAUUUUCAGAGGAUCAGUUACCUGCACUGCCAAAUAUACAGAGACGAAGAACUCCACGAUCAAGAACAAUGCCACCAGAUGAUAUAGCCAACCUUCCAAGUACUUAUGGAACUACCUCAGAAGAAAUACCAGAGUCUGAAUGGGUCAAACAAAAAAUAGAAAAUAUAGAAUGGGAUAUGCCAACUGCAGAUGAUCCAGAACCGAUACCGUACACUGUGCCUUUUUCAGGAAUGAAAGAUAUUUACACGGGCAUCUUAACAACUGCAAACCCUAUUGAAUACUUUGAACUUUUUCUGACGAGAGAUAUUGUGGAGCUCAUUGUUGAACAAACAAAUCUUUUUGCUACACAAAACUUAUUAUCUAACGACGACGUGGGUCCCCAAGCUCGAGCUCAUUCUUGGUAUCCAGUCACUGCCGACGAGAUGAUCAAAUUUUUGGCACUGAUUGGUUGGAUGGGCUUGGUCAAACUGUCUGCUAUAAAAGACUACUGGAGAGUUCAUAAGCUUUAUGGAAUUCCAUUGGCAAGGACAGUCAUGCCAAGAAAUCGCUUCGAGCUAAUAUUGAAAUACUUGCAUUUUUCGGAUAACACUGAAGCAGAUACAGAGGACAGGUUGUGCAAAAUUAGAGAUGUGCUUGAUAAAUUUAUUGAGAACUAUAAGAAAAUGUAUACCCCAGGAGAAAACAUCUGCGUCGACGAAUCUCUUAUUCCUUGGCGCGGAAGAUUGAUAUUUCGCCAAUAUAUACCUAAUAAAGCAGCGAAAUAUGGUAUAAAGGUAUUCAAGCUCUGCACUGAAAAGGGUUAUACCUGGAAUCUAUAUGUAUAUUGUGGAAAAUCGAAAGAAAAAGAAGUCGAUGUUUCUGAAAAAAACGGUUAUGACUCUUGCUCAAGUUCUUCUUGA